CUGAACUAUCACAAACCUAUCUAUAAUUCAUCUGUUGAAUAUAAUUUGACCUAGCUGUUACCACAAAUAUAUAUCUGCUAAGCAUCAAAUAGCUGUUACUAGUGACGCACUUUGAUGCAUUCAGUCAAAAUAUCGCCACAACUGGUGGCAUUUCUAUCGCCCAAUUGGUCGCAUCAAAAAGGUCUCUGCGGGUUAUUCACAACUGGGGAAUUCUUUAGAAUUUCUCCCGUGAUAACGAUUGGAAAAAUAUAGCAAUAAAGAAUUGUUUAAUUCAACCAUUAAGACUUGAUUUCACAAUCUAAAUAAAUAGGUGCCUUUGAAUGUUAACCUCGUCCUAUGCCAAUCGUACGUGGAAGCAUUUUGAGGACUGCAUCUGUGAUAUUUGUCAAAAUCUUGGGCGUGAAGUGUGGGUGACUGUUGUUUCAAUAAAACUGAAAUGUAGAAGUGAAGAAGUGAAGAAGUGAAGAAAUAAAGAAGUGAAGAAGUGAAGAAGUGAAGAAGUGAAGAAGUGAAGUAGUAAAGAAGUGAAGAAAUAAAGAAUAAAGAAGUGAAGAAGUGAAGAAGUGAAGAAGUGAAGAAGUGAAGAAGUGAAGAAGUGAAGAAGUGAAGAAGUGAAGAAGUGAAGAAGUAAAGAAGUAAAGAAGUGAAGAAAUAAAGAAGUGAAGAAGAAGCUAAGACCAUACAAACGUAGGGAAACAGUGAUGAACUAUUAAAAAGGUGAAGAUCAAGACGAAGUUGAAGGAAGGUUAAACUUAUGUGAAUGUGAAAGUUUGCGACAAAAAAUUUCUAAAAUUUCUUAAUGAAGAUUCAAUGAAGAUUUGCAAAAGACGAAAUUUCUAAUCAUUGGAAACGAUUUUAAAGUGAUUUUUGCAAGCUGAAGUGAUUGUUACAAAACUUUUCUGAUUUACAGGCUCUAACAGAAGAUAAUAAACUCCCAGAGAAAAGCAAAUUGAAAUGGAAAUUUGAUUUUUACUGGUUUUUUAUCAGUAGCUAAAAAGGAGCAAAACAUGACGACUUCAAAGCAAACCUUCAUAGUUUUUGCAUGCCUUGCAUUGGUGGCAUUUGCAAACGGUAUUACAAGGUUGCCUUGUAAAUCCCACGGCGAUUUCAGCAUCAUUCUUGAUGAUAUAAAAGACGCAGGGCCUGUCGGGAAAACAGUGACGUCAGAAACCAGAAGAGCUUGCGCUCUAGAAUGUCUCUCGUGGCCAAGCUGCAAGUCCCUCAACUUCAAGAAAGAAACAAAUUCAUGCGAUUUGCUUGAAAGAAAUUUGACGGAGAGUGGAAUAAAUUUGAUGCAAGACAUUGGCUCUGUUUACAUGACAACAGAAGAAGACCAAAUGAACCAAGGUCCAAUCUGCAAAGUAUUCAUGCCAUGCCAGAACGGUGGCACAUGCCAAGAUGCAUGCAACAGUAAAGGAUACACGUGCACAUGUGUCCCGCUUUACACUGGGUACCACUGCGAGAACAUUAAAGCAAAUUCUACAGUAUUUCAACGACGAGUUUCGGCUGACGUCGAUUUCUACCGCAAUUGGGCUUCAUAUAAAGUAGGAUUUGGUGAUCCAUCAGGGAACUUCUGGCUUGGCUUGGACAAAUUGCAUGAGUUGGCAAAGCCUGGCGCAGGCGCAAAGCUCCGCAUCGACAUGAAAGUGAUGACUGGAAAUGUAUAUGAUGCACUUGAAUUUCAUAAUGGCUUUCAAUGGUCCACGUACGACAAGGGACCAAACAGCGAUUGUGCCACAUCAUGGAAAGGAGGUUGGUGGUAUGCUCGUUGCUAUCAUUCAAACUUGAAUGGUGUUUUACUUCAAGCUGGACAAACGGAAUCUUCUAUAAAUUGUCGUUGGCGAGAUACUAAAGACAUCAUUUUCGUCGAAAUGAAAGUCAAGUAGAACAAUUUUACCCGGACAAAGAUCAUAUAAAGUUGAAACUUGGCACAGACGUUCUACUGGCACUGAAACUGGGCAGAGACGUUCUACUGGCACUGAAACCUGGCAUAGAGGUUCUACUGGCACUGAAACUUGGCAUAGACCUUCUACUGUCACUGGAACUUGGCACAGACGUUCUACUGGCACAAAGCACGUCUGUAAAGGCAACAUUGUAUAAAAUGGCACAUUUAUUUCCAGCUUCCAAUCUAUAUUGGGGGAUAGAGGUGGCUAAUUUGAAAAUUAAUAAAAACUGCAGGUGCUCCUGUACAAUUUGUACACGGUAUUUAAAAGGCCUAGAUACUGAUUUAUUGGUGAUAUUAAAUGACAGCUGGCAAAAAGGAAAUCGACCAAUCAAAAGGGGCUUAAGCCUUCUGUCAAUCAAAUUGAGCCAAUCAGCAAGGGCGUGAGCUGUAUUACGUGCACUGAUUGGCCAGAUGGACAGAUGGCCAAAUGUCUGUUCAUUGCUUUUAUCGUAUCCAAAACCGUAACUACCUUUGUUCUUGGGAGUAGGUCUCUUCGAAAAAAUUUAUAAUAAUCUUUUGUUUCCAAUGAAGGACUCCCACAAAAAUUCUGUCCUUUCUACGUCACUGAAAAAAUCAUGGCUAAAUUGUACCUUAUUGCAGGGACCGCGCACUAUUCUGAAAGUGGAGGGGCUGAAAUGAGUAUGACCGAAAUUUUUUGAGGCCGCGCCCUCUUGAACGCCGGAAAACGCCCCUCUUAGUAAAUGCUUGCUUAUUUCUAUUGAAUUUUUAUAAAGAGUUUUGUUCAGAGAAGAUAUCAAUAACUAUAAUAAUAGAUAUAAUUAGCUCGAGGGUAAUAAAAUACCAAGCUAACCAAGUUAGAAAAUACAUCAUAUCAUUAAACAAGAUGAAACACCUAGAAAAAGAACAAAUUGGUUUCCAGUCAAUGAGAACUGCUACUGCAUAGGAGUAAACUAUCCAAAGUUGUGUGAGUGAACCUUCUAAAAACAUUUCUAGCCUAUUAUUGCAAAACAGUGGGCGGGCUUUAGCCCCUGCUAGCCCAAUGGCUGCGCAGUGCCUGCCUUUAUUGGACAGCGUGUAGAAAUACAGUUCUCCCCAAAAUUUUUAUUUUUUAUUUAAUAAAAACACUAUAAAUAAUAAUUUAACAAAGACACUAUAAAAUGGUUUUGAAAAAAGCAAAUAUUUAGUAAAUUAAAGCUUUUCGUCUGACACUCUUCAGAGUUUAAAACGUCAGAACAUAGACCGAAAACUCUACGCUACCAAAUAUAUAUACCCAGUUGUGGAUCCAAAUAGGCCAAUCAGAAACACGAGCACAUGACUGUUGACCAAAGACACUAUAAUUCACCGUACAGCAAUAUAAGUCCUAGGCAUGCCUCGAUACAGCUUAAAAUAAAUGCUAAGAUAUUUAGAUCUCAUGAGCAUUCGCAAGCCUCUUGGGCUUCAUGGCUAUCAUCGAGGGAAAUAAAAAUGUACUUUAAAUUGCAAACGUAGAGCACAAACUUUUACGACUUUUAUGGAGCAUGAAGAUAAGAACAUUUUUUAGGACAUGUUUUGCAAAAAACUGUAAAGGGCAAGUCACUCCAUGGAAAGCACGAACACAUAUGAUAGAAAUCCUAUUGCUUUGUUGGUAAAUCCCUAGAAAUCCUUUUGUUUUCAGGAAAUCUCGUACGCUUUAUACAGGAGUGUUUGCCCCUCGGUAGGAGUCCUUGCAACUGUUUAAUCUUCUGGACAUCGUGUCCAGUUGUGUUUCUUUAAGCUCUACUUUUUUACAGGGGUGUCGGCAAAGGGAAGGAGCACAUGGUCCACUGUGCCUCUCAACAAUUUGUCCGUUGACACAUGAAAGAAUUUUUCCGGACAAGAAAAUGUGAUAGCCAUAAUGUAUUUACAUUUUUGUAGCAGUUACCAAAGUACGAGUUUUGAAGUUGAAGUGCAUAAAAGCAGAAUUAAGAGCAUUCAUAUCAAGGCCACACCCUUCAAGAGUGAGACAGGCCUUUUUGUCGGCAAAAGUCAUUGCUACAUUUCUUCGAAUAUUGUUUGCUUCGCAACUGCUUGUUUCGGGUGAGAAUUCCGGGUUACAUUUUAAGGGGUAGAUGGGGUGGGGUUAGGCUGAUAUUUUCCUUACAAGACAUCAUCUUGAAUGGGCUUUCGGUACGUUAAACGGUUGUAAAAUAUCUGACGAGAUGGCAAGAGGAAAUCUUCAGAAUUUGGGAAAAACAACAAACCUCUACCUCUGUAUGCUCUUGCUUCGGUUGUCGGAUAAGAGAAAUAAAAGCUUGAUACCUUGCAAAAACUGCUUCCCCUUCCAAACUUGGUAGGUUGGCUUCAUGUAGUUUCGAAGAAAUAAACGUGUUAGAAAAAUUUAGGCCCUGUGUUUUUGGUUCUCCAAACACGUGGUCAACA